UGGUGGCUCGAUCCAAAAAGUAAAUGAAAAAAAAAAAAAAUUGUACAAAACUACAUGUAAAGAGGAGUUUCGUUGCGUACUACAUUUGAAUUGUGAUUCGGGAACUCGGGAAGCGCACAACAGAGCCUUGGCCAGUGAUCAUGAAUCACCACAGUUUAUAACGAAUAAAAAAUGGCGGCAUAUUUGAGCAACAAAAAUUAAUAUACGUUUCAUAUACUUCAUAAUUCUUCCAUUAUUGCAGGAGAAUUUGGUAAGAAUUUCCAUAUACAAGAACCGAAUCAUUCCUUUUUAAAGGUAUUAUCAAUUGGUUGAAUCAGUCAUCGAUUGUAUUGAAUGGCGAGCAAAAGAUUAUUGCAGUAUGCCGUUAGAAGACUCGAUAAAGGGUUGGGAACAAGGGCUUAUGGUGCUGUUCCUGAAACCCAAAUUCCUUCCUCUUCACAACAUCUAAUCAAUUUGGAGUAUCAGUACAGUGCUCACAAUUACCACCCAAUUCCGAUGGUCUUCUCUCAAGCAAGGGGUUCGACAAUAUGGGAUCCAGAGGGAAACAAAUAUCUUGACUUUCUGUCAGCAUACUCUGCUGUUAACCAGGGACACUGUCACCCUAAGAUCAUGAAGGCGUUGGUUGAGCAGGCAGAAAAACUAACUCUCAGUUCUAGAGCCUUCUAUAAUGACAAAUUUCCCGUAUUGGCGGAGAGGAUAACAAGUAUGUUUGGAUACGAGAUGGUACUACCAAUGAAUACCGGGGCAGAAGGGGUAGAAACUGCUCUGAAACUUGCAAGAAAGUGGGGUUACCUAAAGAAAAACAUUCCUGACAGUGAGGCUAUUAUUGUUUCAUGUUGCGGUUGCUUCCAUGGUCGUACCUUAGCAGUCAUUUCUAUGAGCUGUGACAACGAAGCGACUCGAGGUUUUGGUCCUUUGUUACAGGGUCAUCUUAAAGUUGAUUUUGGAGAUGAAGUUGCGCUAGAGAAAAUUUUCAAAGAGCAUGGAGACCGUAUUGCUGGAUUCUUAUUUGAACCCAUUCAAGGCGAGGCAGGGGUCAUAGUUCCGAAAGAAGGCUACUUGAAAGCUGUCAGAGAUCUCUGCACAAAAUAUGGACUGUUGAUGAUUGCUGAUGAAAUACAAUGUGGCUUGGGAAGAUCUGGGAGAAUGUUGGCUUGUGACUGGGAGGGUGUCCGCCCAGAUGUUGUUAUUCUUGGAAAAGCUUUGGGAGGUGGCGUAAUACCUGUCAGUGCCGUUCUUGCUGACAAAGAUGUGAUGCUGUGUAUACGACCUGGAGAACAUGGAAGUACUUUUGGUGGAAAUCCGUUGGCAAGUGCUGUUGCUGUAGCAUCCCUUGAUGUUCUCAAAGAAGAAGGGCUUGCCGAGAGGUCUGCUCAGUUGGGAGAGGAGCUCAGGCAUUUGCUGAAUAAGGUUCAGCAGCAGUACCCUACAUUCAUAAAAGGAGUGCGUGGAAAAGGUCUAUUUUAUGCACUUGAACUCAAUAGCAAGGCUCUGCAUCCUGUCUCAGCGUAUGAUAUGUGCCUUAAACUAAAGGAACGAGGUGUUCUUGCUAAGCCUACUCACAACACUAUCAUACGAUUAACUCCUCCACUUUCAAUAAGUUUGGAUGAGCUUAAAGUUGGGACAAAAGCACUGUCGGAAGUGUUUGAGUUUGAUCUACCGAAGAUGCAGAAGGAGAAGCCUGAUCAAGCGACCUCAAAUGAGGUGGAUUUAUGUGAUCGUUGUGGUAGAAACUUAUAUGCAUCGGAGUAAACUUCCUACUCGUUUAUCGGCUCUCUUAACUUAUGAACUUAUACACAGCAACUUCAAUGGUGCUAUUUAGUCUCUAUUCAUGUGUUUCACCUGAAAAUUGUAUGUGAUUUUAGAACAAUGUUUCUUCUGUUUACAUAACCUUUUAAGAUAUGCAAUGAAAUGGGGUGUUGGUCCUGAAAAAUGCUUCAACGAGUCUUUUUCCUCACUUUCUCAUAAAGUAUAUUUUGUUUGCCUCAUCAUUAAUUCCUUUGAAAAACAAUUUUUUUUUACGUAUAUAGCUAGUGAUGGCCGCAGUCCAACUUGGGUCAAUUUUGGUCCCACCAAAUGAAACCUGAUUCGGACUGCAGUUUGACGAUUAUG